AUGGGCGCAAAGAAAAAGAAGCCCACCCUCAAGGCCAACCCAAACAGGGGGUUCGCCACCUCUUCGCUCCCAAAAAAGCCCGACGAAUCCAAGCCCCCUGCACCUGCCGCCAACACCGGCACUGGCACCGGUAGCAGCGUCCCCACCGCAUCAUCAGCAGCAGCGGGCGGCAUUCAGCCAGACGCAAACGCCAGGCAAGCCGCCGCAAGCGCUUACGCAGACGUCAACAACGACAGGCUCACCUCCGCAGGCUCCGCAUCGGCCGCAGGGACAGCGUCGGCAGACCACUUCGACCCGGCAAAGGAGGAAGAGCAGGCCCUCCAGAACCUCGUCGACCGCCUCCAGGACAAGGUCGAAAAGGAGGUCUCCCGCCAGUUCAAGGCGAUCGAAUACGACAGAAGGCUGUCCAAGACGCUACCCAACUUCGACCUCGAUCCCAACCUGCGCGAUCAGAUCCUCGGGCUAGCCGCCUCGCUCCAGGCAGCUAGGACCUCGGCCUCUGCCCCGGCCAGCGAUGCCGUUCCGCAGCCGACAUCGCUCGACACCGACGCGGCCGAUGGAUCAGAUACGGCCUCGCGGCUCGCUUCGACGAUUUCUUCGCCGUCGCUGGCGGCCAGCGGCUUCACCCCCGAUGGCACACAGACACCGACCACGUCGACCUCUGGCUCCAUGACGCCCCUCAAGCUCGGCGCCGGCACCACCUCGAUCGCAAUGGCAAGCCUCUCGAGGGACCUCCAGUCGAUGGCACUCCAGAACACCGCCGCCUCCUCCUCGUCCUCAGGGGCCUCGUCUGCCUUUGCCGACUCCGAGGACAAGGUCAUGGUCCGCGCCCUCACAACGUACCAGCUGCUCAUCAAGCUCGGCUUCACGCCGGCAAACGCCGAGACGGCCCUUGCCUACGCCAGCUCGCCCGACCUCGAAGAGUGCCUCGCCUACCUCUUCCUCACACUCGACGAGGCGGCGCUCGAGGACUGCCUCCGCGUGGGCGAGGGCCAGGGGGUCAAGAAGAGGAGGGACCAGCAGCGAUCGACGCGCGACAGUGGCAGGGGCGACGACGACGAGGACGACGAUACCUACGACGACAGCCGCCCACCAGCGUAUGCCGGCUACGAGUUUGAGAGACGGGAGCUGCUGGGCCGCAGCCAGGCCUCGGCGACCGACAGCCUUGCUUCGACGAGCAAGGUACCCGGUGCUGCGGGAGCCGUGACCGAUGCCAAGACGGCCAUGGCCCAAGAGAUGGCCUCGCGCAAAGCGGGGUCGGCAGACGUCAGGGCCAGCAGCGGCACGGCUCCCGCCGUCUCCAAGGAGGUCGUCGAUGCGCUCAAGAAGAGCUCGGAGCAGCUCGCGCUCGAGCUCAACGCUCUUUUGGAUUCGGAACAGAUCGACACGCUCCAACAGCCCUCCCCGACGUGGUCGCUGCUGCGCGUCACCCAGAUCCGCGUCGACCAGGAGCGCGCCAAGUGGAAAAAGGAGUUGGGCAAGGCGUCGCUCGACCGCAUGAACGCUGAGGAAGGGCGCUUCGAGCGGGUCGUCGGUCGCUCAAAGGAUCUGAUGCGCGAGUGCGAGCGCAUGCACGGCUUCAACCGAAAGCAGGCCGAUGAGGGCUUCAAGGCGAUGCUGCGCCGGCGCGAGGAGGCGGAACGGGACGCAAAAGCCAAGCUGGAAGAGGAGGCGCAGCUUCGCGAAGAGAGGCGCAAAGAGGUCGAGCGGGCAGCCAGCGGUGGUGACGUCGACCGCAGCGACGAGGAACAUGGCGCGGGUGCCAAAGGAGGCGGUUCCAGCGAUGCGGCGGGGCCAUAUCAGGCCGCGAAAGCCGAUGGCGCAAAGGAGGCCGCCGGCGAAGAUGACGAUGAAGACCAGGACAAGGACGACCGGGCCUCGGACUCGGGCUCUGAAGGCGGCCUCUUUGGCGACAUGCUCGACGAGCAGCCGACCGAGGCGACGGACGCGGCGACCGGAGUCGUCGUGUCUCUGCGCGAGCUUCCGGUCCAGGCCAAGAGCGGCAGCGGCGGCAAGACGCCGCGCGUGCUGCUCUCGGACGCCCUCAAGCGCGCCGACGCCUACGCCUUCCACAAGUUCGAAAAGAUCGCAUCGGGAGGUCGGUUGCAUCGCAGCAAGCUGACGAUUCGCUGGAACGGCGGCAAGGUGGUGCCCAACAAGAACGCCGUCAGCGCAGGCGCGCCCACGUACCUCGACGAGUACCGGCUGACGACGGUCGGGUGCGCGUCGCAGCAGCAGGCCGACGACCUGAUCGCCACCGUCGCCCUGUUCUGCAUCGAGCACGACAAGCCCAUCCAGCGGUCCCUGCCGGCGGGCUACCGCGAGUGGUGGGACGAGCUCGAGGCGUUGCGCAAGGACGAGCGCGACGGCAAGCACCGCACGCGCUUCCAGCGCGUCCGCGACGUCGUCAAAGCGCGGAUGGACGAGGCGAACCGCAACAAGAAGGCCAAGGCCAAGCCCGCGGCGUCCUCCAGCAUCGCCAACGACCAGGCGCAGUCUGAUCUCGGCGAGCUGGCGCGCGGCGGCGUGCCGCAGCCCUCCGAGGAGAAGGCCAAGGGCAUCUCGGACUACUUUGCGCAGCGCGUGGCCUCGAAGCCGUACCAGGCGAUGCUGCCCGGCCGCCAGGGCCUGCCGAUCGCCAAGUACCGUCAGGAAAUCCUCGACAUUGUCGAGAGCAGCCAGAUCUUUGUCCUCAGCGGAGAGACGGGUUGCGGCAAGUCGACGCAGGUGCCGGCCUACAUCCUCGAGGAUUGCAUGGCCAAGGGCCGCAACUGCAAGAUCUACGUCACCGAGCCGCGGCGGAUCUCGGCCAUCUCGCUGGCGGAGCGCGUCUCCGAGGAGCUCGGAGAGCCGCGCGGCAGCGUCGGGACCGGAGAUAGCCUCGUGGGCUAUGCAAUCCGUCUCGAGAGCCACGUUGGCCGCAAUGCCCGCCUCGUCUACGCCACGACGGGCAUCGUGCUGCGCAUGCUCGAGGGCACCGCGUUCGACGACAUCACCCACGUCAUCAUCGACGAGGUCCACGAGCGCUCGAUCGAGUCCGACUUCCUCCUCAUCAUCCUCAAGACGCUCAUCGAGCACCGCAAGGACCUCAAGGUGGUUCUGAUGUCGGCCACCGUCGACGCCGAGCGCAUCAGCGCCUACUGCGGUGGCUGCCCCACAAUCGCGGUGCCCGGCCGCACCUUCCCCGUCGACGUCCACUACCUCGAGGACGCCGUGGAGCUGACCAACUACACGCUCGAGGACAACUCGGCCUACGCCAAGCGACAGCGGCGCGGCGGGCGCGGCGGGAGCGACUACACUCGCAAGGCCGAUGCGCCCGGAGGCAACAAGUCACGGCUGCAGGUGGUCGAGGACGACGAUGCCCCGCCCGACGAUGAUGACGACGACGACGACGACGGGCGAGGACCGGCCGCCGGCGCCCUGGCCAGCUCGAGCGAGGCCAAGAGCUAUCGCGCCAAGACGAUCGAGACGAUCGAAAAGAUGAACGAGUACACCAUCAACCACGAGCUCAUUGUCAGGAUCCUCGAGCGGGUCUGCUUCGAGAAGGACCUGCGUGACUACAGCGCGGCCACGCUCAUCUUCCUGCCGGGCCUGGCCGACAUCCGCAAGUGCCACGACAUGCUCAACGACCACCCGAUCUUUGGCGGCUCGACGUUCCGACUGUACCCGCUCCACUCGACCAUCAGCUCCGAGAACCAGGGCGCCGUGUUCAAUGUGCCGCCCAAGGGCGUCCGCAAGAUCGUCAUCGCCACCAACAUUGCCGAGACGGGCAUCACGAUCCCGGACAUCACGUGCGUCAUCGACAGCGGCAAGCACCGCGAGAUGCGAUUCGACGAGAAGCGCCAGAUUUCGCGGCUGGUCGAGUGCUUUGUGGCCAAGAGCAACGCCAAGCAGCGGCGCGGACGUGCGGGCCGUGUGCAGCGCGGCAUCUGCUUCCACCUCUUCACGCGGCUGCGCCACGACUCGUACUUUGACGACCACCCGCUGCCCGAGAUGCUGCGCCUCUCGCUCCAGGACCUGGCGCUCAAGCUCAAGGUGAUGAAGAUCCGCAUCGGCACCUCGAUCGAAAACGCCCUCUCGCUCGCCCUCGACCCGCCGUCGUCGACCAACGUGCAGCGCGCCAUCGCCGCGCUGAUCGAGGUCAAGGCGCUGACGGCCAACGAGGACAUCACGCCGCUCGGCCGCCACCUCUCGCGCCUCCCGCUCGACGUCCACAUGGGCAAAUUCCUCCUGACGGCCUCGCUGUUCAAGUGCCUGGACCCGGCGCUGACGAUUGCCGCCGCGCUCAACGCCAAGUCGCCGUUUGUCACGCCGUUUGGCAAGGAGGCCGAGGCCGACCGCGCCAAGCAGUCGUUCAAGCUGGGCGACUCGGAUUUCCUCACGAUCGCCAACGCCUUCAACGGGUGGAGGCGCUCGGUGGCGCUCAACCACCACCAGGUGUUUUGCCAGAAGAGCUUCCUCAGCCCGCAGAACCUGGUGCAGAUCGAGGAGCUGCGCCAGCAGUACCUGGGCUACCUGAUCGACUCGGGUUUCGUCACCGUCGACGCCGACACGCAGCGCGAGCUGACCAAGCUGCGCUACCGCAGCGGCGGCGGCGGCGCCAACGUGCGCAAGCCGCGCUUUGUGACGCUGCCGGCCGAGCUCGACGCAAACUCGACGAGCAUCGCCAUGGUGCACGCCGCCAUCGCCACAGGCCUGUACCCAAAGCUGCUGCACAUCGACCCAAAGUCGUACCAGCUGCGCACGAUUGGCAACAACCAGCCCGCCUCGGUGCACCCGUCGUCGGUCAACUUCCGCACAAAGAUGAGCGAGCUGGUCCGCGGCAGCGCCAGCUACCUCCUCUAUUUCACCAUGAUGCAGAGCAAGAAACUCUACGCCUGGGAGACGGGCGUGCUCGAUGACAAGGCCGUCUUUACCCUGUGCGGCGACGCCGAGUUCAAGCUCUCGGCGUACAGCAUGUACAUUGACCGGCAACGCAUCCGAAUGGCGAUCCCGGAUCCCAAGAGCCUGCUCGCCCUCAAGGUGCUGCGCGAACAACUGGCCAGGCUGCUCAAUACGUCCUUCCGAAACCCGGGCAAGACAUGGACGGUCGAACAGACAAGAUUCUUCCAGAUCGCCUGUGACGCCCUCGGCGUCGGGGCCAAUGAAAAGGACCUCGCGCUGCAGCUUUGA